GGGUCUUGGCAGGCGCACGACCAGUGUCAAACAGGAUGGUCAACAGGCAGGCGGCUCACGCCGUGCUGGUGGAGAAGCGGGUGUUGAUGGCCGUCACUGUCUUUCUGGCCAUAGGACUUCUCUUGUGGAUAAUAGCAGUUUCUACCGAUUACUGGGGAAUUGUGGACGGCGGGAAGGGCAUAUAUGUGCCCGCCACCAAGCGCUACUUUCUGCAGUCACACUCUGGGAUAUGGAAAAGCUGUCGCAUGGCCUAUGAGAAUAAAACCAAGGAAAUUGUCGUAGAUCCGUGCAUCUACCACAAGCUGUUCCCGAAGGUGAUUCCUCUCCAUAAGACCUUCCUUGAUUACCAGAGGACAGUGGCGUCGUUCUCCAUCAUUAGCCUACUGGUGAUGAUAAUGGGCUUCGUGUUCUCCGUGUACACCUUCCACCACACCCGCUACAUGUACAAGCGCCUCGCCGCCUGCAGUCAUGUCAUCUCUGCUGGCUGUGUUCUCAUCGUGCUAGAGGUGUCUGUAUCCCUGUACCACUUUGAGGAGGCUAACCUGCCCAACCGGCAACCUCCUGGCUCAACUUGGAGCUACGGCUUCUCCUUCAUGCUGGCUUGGGUCUCCUUCAUUGCCGAGGCAGCUGCAGCAAUUGCUUUCGGAAUUUGUUCACGCAAGAGGAAGAAGGAUAAAGCUCCAGACGACCGAUAUGCUAUUGAAGAGGAACCCACUAUCAUCGGUCGAUAAGGCGGUAGUGGAAUAUGCCUUGAAUGCAAAACAACAAAUUCAGCUGUUUAAUCCUCUUGAAUCCAGGCUUUCAUAAAUUGUAGAUGCUGUUUGGAGGUGUUUGACAUACAUAAGAGGGCCACAUAUAUUUAAAAUAAUACUCACACAAACUGAAGUUGACAAUUUUUUAGAAGAAUUUUGCUCUUUAUCCACAGUAAAUUUUUUCGUUAAACUUUAUGACACGUAUUGGUGCUAUUUAGUGUCAUAUUUGUUGAACACAAGUGUCAGGUCAUUUCCUGCACACAGAGUCCCUACUGUUAAGAAUUUUAUACAUUGUUUUAUAUGUCCUCAAAUUUUUGUUGUUGCCAUUGUCUCGUGCACACCUUUAAUACAUACUUGUAAAUUUUGUGCUAAGUUAUUGGAAUUUUUUUAUGAUGGUCGGAUUUUGUUAUAUUCUAUAACACAGAUGCCUUAUUCCCCCAGGAACACCGCUCCUGGCCACAGUGGUAAGGCCUUCAGGCAGGUCUAACCAACUUAGUUAUAGCCUGAUCGGUUUUUAUUCCAUGUUGGUAUCUUUACUGUAUGUAAUCCUUCAUGCUCUCUUUACACAAUUUUGGCAGUUUAUGUAUUACUGUAACUUGUACUCCACUAUUGUAUAUUUUCCUUGCAAGUUUAUCGUUGAAGUUGAUGCAUGGCAAUGCUGAGUUGACACGUUGUUCAGUAAGGAGAAAAUAUUUUUUUCGUUAGGAUUUAUGGUGCACCCUUUCAUGUCUGUACAAGACAAGAGGCAUAACAAAUAACUAUAGAAAAUAUAUAUAUAUUGCAUAAAACUAAAAAAAAACACUAUAUUAAAUUAUAAAAAAUGUUCACUGCCUCUUAAUUUUACAUCAUCAGAUUCAGAGACUUUCCCGGAUCAAAAUCCCUUUGAACACAUAGUUCAUGUAACAUGAAUCGAAUUUCAGCAGAAUUUAAAAUGCUUGCCAACAAGACAUCUCUUUAUAAACAUAAAUUCCUUAAUAAUGUCAGAUAUCCAGCUUAUGUUGUACAGUAUUUCCUUUCAAUCGCGUUAUAUUUCUACCAAAGUUAGAUUGGACAGUGAUAAGCGAAUUGUUGAAAAAAUAAGACUUUUUAUUCGCUGGAUAAGAAAUUUCCUUCAAACAAAAGGCUAUCAUUCACCUUUUGAAUUAUUUCUUCAAGUUUAGGUAUGGACAUCAGGUUAAGCAGCAAGAUAUUGCAAAGAGUGCGAGGAUGGUUUCCUACGAUACGUCUUGAAUGUUUCCUCCAUUCACAAUUUAGUUUAGUAAAGUCAGUAUUUCGCAGGUCCCUUAGUUAACAUCGAUGACUGACAAUUAAAUUGGUUUACUUUCGACCAGCUAUCAAAUGAUCAAAUUCAUUCAUAAGAUAUGACAAUAUUCUGACAUAAUUUAAUUCAUUGGUAUAAUUCUCAGUUUUCUGAUAUCAAAUAUACAAUAAUUACUUUAAAGUAAAAUAUUUAAAAUAUGAAAAUGAGUCGAUUUUAAUUAUAUAAAUUUAAUGUUUACGACCGUGUGAUUAUACGAUAUGUUUAUAACAUUUCUUCUUCCAUAUACAGUACAGUAAUCCAGUGCUGUAUUGGGCACAUUGGAUGUCAAAUAUAUAAUAUUAAAUUAGAAGUAGCUAAAUUAGACUAGUCAUUCUUGCCUGAAUGGUUUAGUAAAACAAAAUAUAGUACAACGCUAUUUUAGAGCAUAACAUUACAACAACUAUAAUAUUUUAAUAUUUAAAGUUGUACAUUAUUAAGAAGACUUCAAAUGUUAGUUGAGGGGUUCAGUAGUGGAUGAGACUCCUACACUAACACAGUACUACCAACUAUCUACUCCUACACUAACACAGUACUACCAACUAUCUACUCCUUCACUCUACAACGGUAAUCACCAAUUCUCUUCCUUAAUGUUUACAUAAAUUUUAUUUAAACUUUUUUUUUUGCUAAACAAAAAAACUGAAUGUGCUACUUCAUUAUCUGUAAAUAUAAAUUUGUUUACAAACAUAUAUGGUGUUCACAUAUUUUACAAUUUAAAUAUUUAUUGUUCUUUAAUUAAAGAUUUUAUAUUUAUGAAUGUUGCAGAUUUUGUUAUGAAAUAUUAUUCUGUGAUAGAAGUAAAUAUUAAUGAACUUAAACUUUCUCGAUGGUAAUGUUCUCUGCUUCAAAUGACAAUUAAUAACGAUAAUUCGCUGAUUACAAGAAAACUGUCGAAGCUGGUAAUUAUUUAACUAUUAUUGUUGCAGAUGUUAAUGACAUUUCCUUAUGUACUGCUGUAGGGUUGAUAAUAUUAUUUGUACAUUCAACCCCAUCAAGCUCAUAAUAAGUUUGUUGCAUAGUUCUUGUUAUAAAAACAGUUGUGAAAAUUAUGUAUACAUUGUGAAAGUUGUGCUGGUACACUCCUUAAUAUCAAUACACUGUAUUGAAUACCAUUACUGGGUACCAGGAUAUAAUCUGUUGUUCAUCCAGCAUACUUGACUUCUGUCCUUCAGGCAAAAAGCUUAAUUGUUAAGAAUAAAUCUAAACUAUCAUUAAAUAUUUUUGGAAUAAACCAGUGGAUUACCUACUGACAUUAGUGCAUUUUUAGCAAGCUCACGACAAGUUAUUUAAUAGCUUUGAUGCCAAAUUAACAUUGCCAAUCAUUAAUAUACCAAUCAAGUAGCCCCAUCAGGCAUAAUGACUGGGCGUUAAUGGCAUCAAUUCACACAUUUUAUCGGUUUUUAUGCACGCAUCCAUACACCACCCCUUCCCUGAUACUAACACAGCUUCCCAUAAAAUAAAAACACCUACAACAUCAUGCUGUCAUCCCAUUUUCGGGUAAAAAGUGGAAGCAGUGUUGCCAUGGGAUAAUCUCAGAUGGCGAUCCUUUAAGGUUGCCAUGGUCCAGCUCAGCAUACUAGUACCUGUACUUUUUGUUGAACAUUUUACUCUUGCUAUAUUAUAUGCAGUAGAUAUAUCAUACAGUAUAUAUAUAUGCUGUAUAUACUAAUAUUAUACAUCUUUGUUUAUUCAGAAUGUUAUAAUGCAAUGUUAUAUAUUGUAUAUCCUUGGUUCAUACAGGGUUUUCCGAGGGAAGCUCAGUUUGUUAGUAGAAACCUAUAUCUUACAUAAUUCAUGUUCUCAUCAUUUUUGUUUUCUGUUACUGUUGAUGUUCUUGUUCCUAUUUCCAAUUUUACAUGUUUGUUAUGAUAUCUAUUUACUUGUUAAUUACUAUAAGUUUGUUAUACUGUAUUGUAUUUAGAAAGUAUUUUAACAAAGAAAAUUUUUAAUACGUAACCAAAAAUUGGCAGGGAUAGCAUUAGUGAGCAUAUAACACAAAGGGACACCACAAAUUAUAUCAUUGAUUAAGCAAUGCGGCACAGGUUAAAUAUUUUAGUUAAAACCCCACUGCCAAAAUAUAUAUUUGAAUAGUAAGAAAUUUAAGUUACACAAUUUGUUUGUGUGUGGUAGCCUACCAUAGUAGGCUUCAUGAUAGUAGCCUAUCAUGGAGCAGAUAGGCUACUUUACUACUCUGGCUACGAGAACUACACACCUUGAUAGCUUCCUUACAAGAGAUAGCCGCACGCGCAAUAUGAUCUACUGCAUCUUGUAUAGCGUUCAAAAGAUUGUUAUUUGCUUAGCUAAAGGAACUAGGGGGUUCAGUUCCUUAACCGAUUAUGUGCCCCUGUAACCCUUUACACCACCGCCCACGGGAUGGGUAUGAGGCGCACAAUAAAGAAAGAAAUUGAUUUGUAUAGCGCUGUGUAAUGAGAGUCUAGUAUAAUAACGUGGGUCCUGUAGCACAGUGCUCUACAUUCUUGACUCACAAACGAGGGACCUGGGUUUAAUCCUCGAGGACAGAAACAGUUGGGCACGUGUAUUUUCACCUGAUGCUGUAAGAUAGUUCACCUAGCAGUAAAAUACUCUGGAGAUGGACCAUUGUUGUGGGUUGCAUCCUGGAGAAAGUCAGAAGUUGAUCUAAGGGGACCUCGAUAACCACAAGUACAGACUCAUCCUCGACGACGAAAAUUAAUAAAUAAAUAAGCAGCAAUUCAAACAGCAGAGAAGUAUAAACUCAAUGAAAUUAAAGAAAUACAUCAACAUGUAUAUUUUAUAAUAAAGCUUCAUCAGGCAGAUAUUCCCCCUAGUAACUUUAGUGUUAUAAAAGCACUAUUGCACCAAAUCACUAAAUAAGAAAGAAUGCUAUGACAGAGGCUGACAAGAAUUUCAUGUCCCGGGGGAUGGGACAAAGCAAAUAAAACCAAAUGAAUGCCUUCCUCCUCCUCCUCCCCCCACCCACCCUCCCC